AUGGAGACAUUAGCUAUUCUGACCUACCGAGUAGGAAACUGCAGAGAGAGCGGAAGUAGGACUAUUGGAACGAACUCCCAACGAUCAAGAAGACCAUUUUCUUAUGAUGAUUGGUCGGUCACAAGGAGCCCUUUACGUCCUCUCGUACAUGUCUAUGGUACAUGUAUAUUCAUUCAGAGCAUGCCGACCGAUGCGGUAAUUCACUCUGCCGAUGUUUCAACUGAAAGUGGUGUCCUAAGAAGCUGUCAUUUGACAAUAAAAGAUAACAACAACUUGGGACUAUUUGAAAGCAUCCUAAAGGUGAGCUACGCGAGUGAUCCGAGGGUGAGUAGCACGACUUACGCUCUACCUAAGGUCGGGUCGUCAAUAGAACGCCUGUCCUGUAGCUAG